AUCGCGGAACGUGAAUAGUGACGUUGAGUGUGGACCGAAUAUCGGAAAACAUUUCUUGUACAGACCAUACCGACAUUGAAUUCCUUCGGUAUUCUUAAAGAAUUAUAGUAUUUACUAUCUUCUGACAAUUGUGAGAUUGUAUACAUUUAUCAAGAUACGUUUUAUUAUUAUUUGUAAUCCGUUCGUAGGUCAGUUGUUAGCACAGAUUGUUUUUGGAAUCGUUUUGGAAAGAACAGAAAAUGACCGGUUCCUGGACUAAAACCGUUUACGAAAAACUCAGUCGAAAAAAAACGUAUGUGGAAGAAAUCGGAGUCGAUAAAGACAAAUUUAAACGAGUGUUGAACGUCGUGGAUUUGACCGCAUUGGGCACCGGUUCUACGUUAGGAUGUGGCGUUUAUGUGUUGGCCGGAACAGUAGCAAAAUCGGUUGCUGGCCCGGCUGUUGUAUUGUCUUUCAUAUUGGCUGCAACCGUAUCUUCGUUUUCAGGUGUCUGUUAUGCUGAAUUUGCUAGCCGGGUUCCCAAAGCGGGAUCCGCAUAUAUUUAUAGUUAUGUGGCGGUAGGAGAAUUUAUUGCGUUCGUCAUUGGUUGGAAUUUACUACUGGAACACACAAUCGGUACCGCUGCUGUUGCCAAAGCAAUGAGUAAUUAUUUGGAUUCUUUACUCGGAGAUCCUCAGAAAACGUUUAUGAAAAAACAUUUUUCAAUACACAUGGAUUUUUUGGGAGAAUAUCCGGACGUUGCAUCAUUUUUGUUUAUUAUGUCUAUCGCUUUGGUCGUGGCCUGGGGUGUUCGUAAAUCAUCAACUCUGAAUAACCUAUUUACUACGUUAAAUUUACUGACUGUUUGUACGGUUAUCGUUAGUGGAUUUUAUUUUGCGAAUUUAUCAAAUUGGUUCAUCGAUAAAAAUGAUAUCCCGCCUGGAGUAAACGGUGGAAAUGGUGGAUUCUUGCCGUUUGGCUGGACUGGUAUGGUCGCUGGAGCUGCGAGGUGUUUCUACGGGUUUAUCGGUUUCGAUUCGAUCGCUUCAACUGGCGAAGAAACGAAAAACCCCAAGAAGACCAUCCCGUUGGCGAUCGUUUUGACGCUAUUCAACGUCACGGUCGCGUACUCGAGCGUAGCGUCGGUGUUGACGCUGAUGUGGCCGUAUUACGAUCAAGAUCCGAACGCACCCUUACCGGUUAUAUACGAAAACCUGGGAAUGCCUGUACUGAAAUAUUUGGUCACUGGAGGUGCGGUUUUUGCACUUUUUACCACCUUGAUAGGAUGUCUGUUCCCGAUACCGCGUAUCCUGUACGCCAUGUCCAGUGACGGCCUGCUGUUCGGUUUCUUGUCGAAGAUCAACGAGAAGACCAAGACGCCGUUCAUAGCCGCCAUAAUCUGUGGCGUCUGUGCAGGGCUGUUGUCGACCGUAUUCAAUCUCGAGCAGCUCGUUGACAUGGCGUCCAUCGGAACGCUUCAAUCGUACAUGAUCGUUUGCGUCUGCGUUCUGAUCCUAAGGUAUAGAAAUACUAAUUUGUACAGCCGGGAUUCAGAUGAGCCUGAAGUGUAUACGAUUGCCAUGUGGUUAAAUGUUUCGAAUUCAAAUAUUACCAACAAGGAUACACAAUACGUAUCGAGAGUAUUGAUAACCAUUUUCUCUAUCACUGCGUGCAUAUUUUGCAUUUGCGUAGUAAAUUGGGAUUCUCAUCAAGGCACUGUUCGAUUAAUACUGAGCUUCAUAAUUGGUUUGACGGCCAUUAUAUUAUUGGUUGUUACGUUGAUGUUGAACAGACUUCCACAAGCAAUUGAAAGUUUACCGUUUAAGGUGCCUUUUGUUCCUUUUGUACCAUGUUUGAGUAUAGUUCUCAAUUUGUAUCUGAUGAUGGAAUUAAAUUUCAAAACGUGGAUUAGAUUUGGCAUAUGGCUAGUAAUAGGUUUGUUGAUAUAUGUGUUCUACGGUCUGCAACACAGCAUAGAAGGCGUCAAAGACCAGACGACUAAAAUCGAAGAUGGCAAAAAUGAACAAAAAAUCUCCAACUAAUUUAUUCCCAUAAUAAAAUGUAAAAUCUUGCAUUUACGUUUAUUGAUUUGUAUUAUUAUUUAUAUGAUCAUGACUAUUAAUAGCGUUUAAAUCAGACGCAAUUUACCGUAAUAAAAUAUUACGAGUGCCUACCUAAUUUUUUUUUUAUUGCUGUUUAAGUUUUUUUUUAUUUUUAUUUUUAUUAUUAUUAUUAUUUUUUUUUUAACACUUAAAUUAAACAUAAGUCAAGAAAACCCCCGAUUCUUAUUUAAUUUAUAGUUUAUAUUAUUUUAUAUCUAUUAUUAUCAUAUUAUAACAUUAUAUAACGUUUAGAGGUUUUAAUUCUCAGAAAUUCCAAGUUUCUGUAUGAACAGCUAUAUAAUAACCCAAAGAGAUAUAAUUUUAAAAGCAAAUCAUAGCAGAUUAGACAGCUUUCUUACGAUAUAGAGUUCUGUUCGAACAAGUCGUCUCUUCUUAAUUAUCAAUUAAUUUAUUACUAUUGUAAAAAACUGCUUAUCUUACAGACUACAAUAUACUAAUAAAAUUAACAAUUAACAUUUUUUUCA